CGCAACUUCUCAGACAACAGCGCUCCAAAAUGAGCAGCGCUGACGAUGCGACGACGGGCGUUCAGCGAUCCAAGCGACCGCGCGAGGACGACGAUCAAGGGGAUCACGAUCACGAUGGAGCUCUUGCUCUGGCUCUGGAGCCGAACGGGGACGCAGCCGCGCAACGAGACGGCAGCGAGACGACCGCCUCGACGACGACGACGACGACCGCCGAUGCCACAAGCAAUCCAAGCACAGACAGCGCAGCCAAUGGUGCAGCAGUGCAGACUGAGACCGCGGGAGCAACGCGCCAACGCAGGAAACGCGCUGCGUGGGACCAAAGCAGUGAUGCUGCAGUCAAUCCCAGUGGAGUCAGUGGACCCAAUGGAACCAGCGCAUCGCUGACAGCAGUCGCAUCGAGCAAUCACAGCGCAUCUGCUCAGAACGCUUCAAGUAGUCACCACCUGCCGCUGGCCGAGGCGGAUCUCUCUGCAGACCAGGCCGAGGCACUCGAGCGCGCGCGCCAGUUUGCGCAGCAGCUCACGGUGCAGUUCCACGCCGCACAACAGCAGCAUCUGCUGCGACAACAGCAGCUGCAGCAGGAGCAGGCUGCCAAGAUGAAGCAGCACGCCGAGGCGCAGCAGGUUGCCCUGCGAACGCGCGCCAUCACAUUGAUUGGUCGCGUGUACGUUGGCUCCAUCCCGUUCGAGGCCGGCGAGCGGGAGGUGCGCGCAGCCAUGUCCGAAUGCGGCCCAAUCCGCUCAGUGAGCUUUGUCAACGAUCCCGUCGCACCCACGCGGCACAAGGGCUUUGGCUUUGUCGAGUACGAGUAUCCCGAGUCUGGCGACAUUGUGCUCAGUCAGAUGCACCACGCGCGGAUUGGCGAUCGCCAGCUCAAGUUUGGCACGCCGAACGCUCCGCAGCCAAUGCAAGUGCUGAUUGAGGAGCUGCGCAAGGAGGGCUCCACCUUCCCGCACGUCUUUGUCGCGAACAUUCACCCCGAGCUCAGCGAGUCGGACAUUCGCGAGGUCUUCCAGUCGUUCGGUCCCGUUGCCUACUGCAUUUUGAUGGUCGACUUGGUGACUGGGCGGCACAAGGGCUGCGGCUAUGUCCAAUUCGAAAGCUUGCAGACGGCCAAAGACGCAAUCGCAGCGCUCAACCGACUGGAUUUGGGCGGCUUGCUGUUGCACGUUGUCAAGGGCGCUCACUCGCCGUCCAACAUCCAAGGCCUGACGACUGCACAAUCUGCGCAAGUAACGAACGUGCUGGCUGGGCGGACUGCCAAUGAUGGCGUACUGGCUUCAGCUGCGGCGCAGGCAGCAGCAGCAGCAGCGGCGCGCAUUACUGCUGCUCGACAAGAAAGCACAGCAGCAGCAGCAGCAGCAGCAGCACCAACAACCAAUGCACAGGCACCAGCAUCCAGUGGCGAGGACAUGCAAGACAAACUGCGAAGACUCCAGUCGGAAACGCAAGCGUCCAGCGCUUCGCUUCGCGACGAGGAGAAUGUAUCCAUCAAGGGCAAUCAGGUCUAUGCGUUGAUGCAAAAACUAGCGCGUGGCACGACGAGCUCUCACAUUGUCGCACUGCUCAACAUGAUCGACGCAGACGAGAUUGACAGCAUGCUGGAGCAGGAAGUUGGUGGCGAAUGCUCCAACUUUGGCACUGUCGAACGUGUGGUGGUGCAUGUCACUUCCAAGAAUGACGUGGCGAUAUUUGUGCAGUUUGCGCAACUGGAAGAGGCUGAUGCAGCAGUGCUCGCGCUCAACAAUCGGUGGUUUGGUGGGCGACAAGUGCGCGCGCAGCUGUACGACGAGGGCCAGUUCCAAUCGCGCCAGCUCUCCCCUUGAGUUUGGUCUGUCAAUUACAAAGAGAUGCCGAAUGCUCGACGAUUUUGUCUGCUUUGUAACAAUGGUGCUGCUGCUUUUUUUUGAUCUGGUUGCUAUUUUGUUCAAACGUCUCGACCAACAAAGCAGUCACAACAAGCUGUUCCAGACCAGAGCAAGCACACACGUUUCGCACACAGA